UUCCCAGCCCGCACGCUGUGUGUGUAAGAAAGGGAACCUUUUUCUAGGACAGAAGGGGCAUGGAGAGGCAGCAGCCAGAAAGGCAACUCCAAGUUGUGGAUGUUCUGGGGGCUCUUGAUUUAAAGCAGUUGGUCCUCUAGUUCCCAAAUCUGCUAGUUGGACCACUUUUCACCAUUCCGUUUUUUCAAAGAAUGCUCACAAGUGGGCUGGACAGGACAGGGUUGUGGGGCAGGCAGCAGAGAGAGGAGAUGGUGACCCUGCAGCCACCAAAGGUCCUCCCUUGAGACAAAGCCCGCCUCGCCCUGCCCUUCCCUGCACCCUACCCUGCCACAUUGCCUAAUGUCCGAGGGUGGGCCGACGCCUCCCUGACCAGCACAGCGUGAGGACGCUGAGGGCUGGCAAGGCCACCCUGGGCGCCCUCAUUUCUGCCCCGCUGGGGUUGGAAGGACCAGGAGGAGGCUAGCAGAGGAGGCUGGAGGCGACAGGACUCAGCUGGGAGAAGCAUAAUGGGGAGGGGGCCUGGAGAGCGCACUGAAUGGGUGGAUUUGUGAUUGGCAUUGACCCAAAGGGGAGGGGAUGGAGGGAGGGGCGGAAAGGGAAGGGGGCUGUUCGAAUCUGGUGGGAUGGGGCCAGGGCCAGGGCCUGACUCAGUGGAGGCGGGGAAGGGCUGAGGCUGGGUCUGGGAAAGACUGACCCAAAGGGACGAGACCAGGGAGGGGCGAAAUGUGUGUGUGUGUGUGUGUGUGUGUGUGUGUGUGUGGAGGGGGUGGGGGUGGGGGUCCUGUGAGCCUAGUUGGGGCAUUGGGAUGGCAAAUUAGGCGGGAGGGCUGGCCAGCGGGCAGGUCCGAGCCCUGUCCCAGGCUGGGGGGACGGGGAGGGGGGCUGUGUCCAUAUAAGGCCGGUCAGCGGCCCCUGCUCUCCCGGAGCAGCGCGGGCCGGGGCCGCCGCCUCCCCAUGACCGGGCGCAGCGACAUGGAGCCGCCCGCCGCGUUCUCGGGCUUCCCGGCGCUGCCCUCGGUCGCGCCGUCGGGGCCGCCGCCGUCGCCGCCCGCCGCCGCCGAGCCGGGCCCCGAGCCCGAGCCCGAGGAGGCGGCGGCGGGCCGCGGGGGGGCCGAGCCUGCGCCCGCGUCGGGCGCGGGACGGCGGCGGCGGCGGCCCCUGCAGCGCGGGAAGCCGCCCUACUCGUACAUCGCGCUCAUCGCCAUGGCGCUGGCGCACGCGCCGGGCCGCCGCCUCACGCUGGCCGCCAUCUACCGCUUCAUCACCGAGCGCUUCGCCUUCUACCGCGACAGCCCGCGCAAGUGGCAGAACAGCAUCCGCCACAACCUCACGCUCAACGACUGCUUCGUCAAGGUGCCCCGCGAGCCGGGCAACCCGGGCAAGGGCAACUACUGGACGCUCGACCCCGCGGCCGCCGACAUGUUCGACAACGGCAGCUUCCUGCGGCGCCGCAAGCGCUUCAAGCGCGCCGAGCUGCCCGCGCCCGCCGCCGGCCCGCCGCCCUGCCCCUACGCACCCUUCGCGCCCGCGCUGCCGCCGCCGCCGCCGCCCGCCGGGCCCGGGCCCGCGCGCCUCUUCAGCGUCGACAGCCUGGUGAGCCUGCCGCCCGAGCUGGCCGGCCUGGGCGCCCCCGAGCCGCCCUGCUGCGCCGCGCCCGACGCCGCCUUCCCGCCCUGCGCCGCCGCCGCCGCCGCGCCGCCGCUCUACCCGGCCGGCCCCGAGCGCCUGGGGCUGCCCCCCGCGCGCCCCGGCCCUGGCCCCGGCCCGCUGCCCGCCGAGCCGCUCCUGGCCCUGGCGGGGCCCGCCGCCGCGCUCGGGCCGCUCGGCCCCGGGGACGCCUACCUGCGGCCGCCGGGCUACGCGCCGGGGCUGGAGCGCUACCUGUGAGCCCAGCGCCCUGCGGGGCCCUCUCUCCGCCGGGACCGGGGCUGCCCCCGGGCUGGGCGCGCACCUGAGCUCCGCAUCCCUGCCUCUUGGACCCGGCGCGCCGGUGACAUCUUCUCUGUCCCUCAUCCCUGGGGAGACUCCCACCGUCUCUCCAUCGCACGGAACCCCCUGCCCCGAACCGGACUUGCGAGUCCCUCAUUUCUUCUCCCUCCACUGGGAGCCCCAAUCUGUGCACUCCCCCAGCGCUGUUAUGGGCCCCCUGUCCCACCACCAGUGAGCCCCCACCCCAGGUUUCUGGUAAAUUCCACACCUUCGCUCUCAAGCCUCUUCCUCGACGGGCUCCUUACUUCUUCAACCUUCCUUCGUGGUUUUUACAACAUAUUAGAAGUCAGACUCCCGGGUUGAUGACUCCCUUGCUGUCUUCCCUUCAUUUCCCCACGUGUUUGUUCGCUGCCCCUACCUACCUGUCUGCCCUUGGUGUCUUCCCGGGAGAGAGCUCUCCUUCCACACAGACACACCUGGCAGCACUCUGCCAGGCCCCGAGGACAGUUCUUCGAGAUUUCUGAGAAAAGCAGCACCAGGGGCUCCUGACUGAAAGGGGAGUCCGUAGGCUGCCCCACCAUCUGGAAAACUUAAAACUUAGUAGGUUAUUAUUUUUUUAAAUAAAGCUGGUCCAAUUAAAAAGAAAGAGGAAACCUUCCUCUGGGCUCAGUGUGCUGGCUGGUGACUUGGGGGUGGUCUGGGGAGGCAGUGGUGAGCUUAGUGCAGGAUCUUAGGUUGCCACGUGGGGUGAGCCCCCUGUGAGUUGUCAGGCAAAGGUUCAGGAAGUGGGAUUAGGAUGUGAUUAAGCCAUAGCUAUGCAGGGAGGAGGCCUCAUGAAAUGCCAUCACCUGCUGUGUCCCAGAGGCUGGUGGAGAUGAGGUGGGGUGUGCACGCGCGUGUGUUUGGGCAGUGGGUUUGUCUGCUCUGUGGGAUUCUUCCCAGCUCCCAGGGAUAAGGGAGCAUUGGACACUCCUCCAGCAGGUACUUACUGAAUGUGCCAAGCACUGUGCCAGGCACUGGGAACACAUCACUAAACAAAUGGGCAAGAUCCCUGCCUUCUGGAGCUUAGGGAUCCUUGGGGGAGAGACAUGGCCAACCAGUCCUCAGAGAGAUGGGAGAAGUGCUCAGAAGCCCUGCACUCAAAGUGUGGUCCACGGGCCUUCAACAUUACCCUUGAGCUUGCUAGAAAUGCAGGCUCUCAGGCUCCACCUCCAGCCCACUGAAUCAUCAGAUUCCUCAUUUUAACAAAAUCCCCAGGUAAUUAGCAUGCACAGUAUUCUGGAGGAAAGGCGCUGGGCCAAGGCUAGGGGCUCAAGUUAAAAGGCUCAAGCUCCCUACUUUAAGAAGUGGGACCAGGCUGCAGAGUCACACAUCCCCCUUUGCACUUCUGGAGCUCAACUCUGCCCCAUCAGCCAUGCCCCCUGUCUUACCUCCCCUGCUGGAUUGGGAGCUGGGGCAGCAGGGACUUGAGCUGAUUUAUGACUGUCCCCAGCACCAAGGACAGGGCAGCAGUGAGCAGAGACUCCGAAGUUGCAGUACGAGGGAGGGAGCUGGCCUUUGACCCUGUCCUGCUCUCCGGUGCUGACCCAAAGGCUAAGCGUCAGGCUUUCCAAGCUCCCUCGCCCGGGGGCUCCUGGUCUGUUAGGGCCUGGAUUAGUUGUAGCGAAGGGUGGGGGAGGGGAUCAGUGUGCCUUGAGCCUGGGGUGAUCAAGAUUUGCAUGUUGGACAGGCCAGAUGCACCUUUCUUAGAUACAGGAGUUUAAAGCUCUGGGGUGGUGGUGGAGGGUGAGGGUGGAGAAUGAGCAGCUUCUGGAGGAGAAAUGUGCCAGAAAUCUGAGCAAGAAGGGAAGGCCCUCUUUGGAGGUAGGGCUGUAGUGAUGCACAGUCUGGUGUGAAAUGCCCUGGAUGGACCCCCUCCCUGAGCUGUUAACCCCUGAAAAAGUCAGAUCUAAUUUGCCUGAUGCAUAGCAGCCCUUCACUUAAUAUUUGUUGACUGACUGAGUGAAUCCCCACAGUCUAAUAUUGUGCCUGACUUACUGAAUAAGGACUGGCUUAACAGUAUUUGGCACUUUCUUAUCCAUUCUCACUUGUGGACCUCACAGUGACCUGCAAAAGAGGCCACAGAGGUGAAAGAGGUGGAGGUGGAGGCGGUUUGCCCAUUCAUCCUAUGAGGAAAUUGCCCCUCCCUGGGGCCCAGCAGGGGCCAGAAGAUCCAGCCCUCAGUUCCUGAAGGAGUAAGUCUCUACAAAGAUCACAAAUGUUCCUCUGCUCCCAAAUGGUGUUACAGCUCCUCCUCCCGCCUCAGAGUACCUGUUGAUAAAUUCCUUCCUAAUCCAAGAAAUUUCCAGGGAAGGGGAUGACCCCUCUCCCUCCGCUGAAGCCAGGAAGUGCUUCUUGAGCUCUGAAUUCCAUUCUUGUCACCACCCUGCAGGUCUCUGUCCCUGGGAUCUUGGAACAGUGAGGUCAGGACGAGGUGGGAAAUGUCUGUAUGGAAAUUCUAGAAAUGUCAUUUCUGAAAUGGAAAACGAGUAAGAUUUUAUUUUAAAAAUGCCUCUUUAAUUUUCCCUAUUCCACAGCAUUGAGGGCGUACCGUGUGCCAGGUGUGUGCUGGGCUCUGAGGUCAGUGCAGAUACAAACCCGAGACUGUUCUUGCCCUUACAGAGUCCAUUGUCUGGAAAGCUAUGUGUGGUAGAGUGCCCCAAGAAUUGUGACACUUUGGUAGAUGCUGAAAAAAACAAAAAACAGCCUUAAUCCAACUCUGUCUUUAAAAAGCACCAAGCACUUUUUAUCUAGAAGAGAGAUUUCAAUAUUAUUGCCCUGCUCCCCUUUUUGCAGAAAAUAAUCUGAAUAGAGACUUGAGAACUGUUAAGUAAAUACUUCCCCUUCAUUCUUGUAGAAACCUAGAAGUCAUCUUUAAUCUGCAGACACACUUUUAACAAUUAAUUUUUGAUCUUAUUAAAUUGAAACAAGCAGAUAAUCUAACAAGUCAAAUAGCAAACGCCUUUACUGGUGUCCUGCCCCACUCUCGGGACCUCUGCUUUGUUCAAUUCAUAUUUGUCUCCUUUGGAAUAUACUUCCACAUUCCCACGUUUAUACUCCUCUCUCUUGAGACAGUAAUGAUUAACUUUCUAUUAUGAUAGAUGAUCAGUGACCUUUAAAAUUUCUCUCUCUUCCCAUCCCCACCCACAUUACCAACUUCUGGUUAAAUUAGUUUUUAGCAUUUACGUUAUUCUUACUAUAUAAAUAUUUUUCUCUGAUAAGCUACUAGUGUACCAUGACUAUCAGGUUUUGUUUUGUUUUUUUGGUGCAACUCUUGAUUUUGCCUGGAGUCAAUGCCAUGUUUUUUCAUUUGCUUAGCUUUCUUUGUAUUCAUGGCUAAAUCUUCCUGUAUCUUCCAAUAGCUGUGGUACGAUUGUCCACGAGGUCAAACGUACUAGGAAAUCUGUCAUUGCUUUUGGUUGCUGUGUUUUUCCUUUCCCGGGGGCAUCUCUCCCAGAGCCCGCUGUCCUCCAGCUCCGGUCUGGGCUGAUUGCUCUCCGUGUCUGCUGCACAGAUGUGGACCUGAAAUUUCCACUCACUCUCUCUUUUGGAAUUCCCUCCAUCUCUCUCCUGUCUUGGAUCCUUUGCUUCCAUAUCUUCCUUUCUCUUGCUUUGUUUCUUUGUUUCAGUCGAGGUAAAUUUGGGGGAAAAUUUUGCACAUCUGAAAUUAAGGUGAUUAUUUUAGUGUGAGGAGCUAAGUGUACACUUUGAUAACGAAAUGGUUAAGGCGAAGCUGUGUUUUAUAGUCUUUUAUUUUGGGAGGUUGAGGAAGAGGGGAAUGGGAGAUUGUUUCCUGGGUUCAGUAUGCACUGCCUACUGGGAAACUGAAGGUGCCUCAUUGUUAUGGAAAUGAGGGAUGUGAGUUUUGGCAGGAAGGUUAAGGAGGGAAAGGUUUGGAGUUCCUUAGAGGAAUAGGGAGUUCUUUAUUGGUGUGCUGAGGGGGCUGCUUCCUGACUUAGGGGGACCUGGAACACUGGAAGGAUGGCUUUGGGCCCAGGAUGGUGCUGAGCUGGUUAGAGGGCCUGUGGGACCUGGCUCAAGAAAGAGGCCAACAUCACCCUGGCACAUGGAAAAUUGAGUACACAGGAAAGUGGCAUCCUUGGCAGGGACACAGGCAAGCAUAUCAACAAAGCUCCUUCAGGCAAUUUUCAGGGCUGUGGGCCUCACCUGGGAAGGCAGAAGGACAAAUGCACAACGUGGAGACCCUCUGCUGUAGUGACUGGCGUGGUUUUAAGCCCAGGUGAGGUCCUUCUUUGGAA